AUGUUUCUUCAUAAAACCUCGACCAUCUUGCAAUCACUUUUAAGGCAACAUAACAACAAAAGCAACUAUAUUGGAGCAAGAAAUUAUGUAUCAGCCCUAAAGAAAAUUCCUCGAAAAAUAGGGCUGGGGUCAUUAAGCGACAACCCGAAAGCUACACGACAGCGUCGCCGUGUAGGUCGAGGUCCUGCGUCUGGUAGAGGCAAAACCUGUGGGGCUGGUGUUAAAGGUCAAAAAGCUCGUAGUGGUAACACGAAACCUAGACGAGAUUUCGAAGGUGGACAAACCCCCAUUACUAGGCUUUUCCCAAAGCAGAACGCUGAUGUUGUUAAAAAGGAAUUGUCGACACUCGAAAUUGAUCGUCUUCAGCAUUGGAUCGAUCGAGGUCUCAUUGACCCGAAUCAUGUCAUUACUACGAAACAACUUGCUGACACACGAUGUGUACAAAUUUCACGCGCUGCCCCGUCUGCUAUAAGAGCUAUAGAACAAGUCGGCGGACAUAUCACGUGUCGUUACUACAAUAGACUUGCGCUUCGUGUAGUUCUUCAUCCGGAAAAAUUUUGGAGGAUACCGAAAUUUGCAUUGCCUCUUAGGCAAAAGGAUAUUGACUAUUAUACUAAUCCGAGAAACAGAGGAUAUCUUGCUGAUCCAAAAGAACUAGAGCGAUUGAGACAAAAAAACAUAAAUGCUGCAAUUGCGAGGUUCAAUGCAACUAAAAAUCAAGCGAACAACAAUAGUAACACAUCGACACGUCAUCCUAAAUAUGAACUAUUAUAA